GUGGCCAGAAAGAGUUAGCAAGUGGAGGCAUUUCCUAAGCUUAGCUCUCAAUGGAUACAAAUACAGUGAAGGAGUUGUGUGGGUGCCACAGAAGAAAGGCUACAGGGUCAGUAAUGGCACUGCUGAAAGUACUCUUGCUGCUGCUGCAUUCCCCAUUGCCAGCCAGUGCUGGGAAUGGGGAGAAAAACUCUGAUACAGAAAUCAUAGGCAUGAGGUUGGUUAGAAGUGACAAACCAGUGGCUGAUGCCAUGAAUAAUGGUCUCAUUCAGGUGAUGGAAGGAAGCAAAAUCCGUCUGAAGAUCUUUGGGCGGGGCUUCAAUGUGGACACCUGGAAAAUAGUCUACUUUGUUGAGGUACCUGAUAUCCAUAAUGCCACCUGCUAUGAAAGGAGCAGUGACUUGCUGAUGGGACAAUCCAUUGGUGUCUUACGGAAAACUUCUGCAGUGUUGAAUGUGACAGUCCAGACCCUGAGGAAGCAUUUCAGCCUCAAGACCUAUAUGAUGUGUCUUGAUCGUGCUGGGCCACAGCGGUUAAAUAAUGAUGAUUUAUUCAUCCAAGUGGCUGAGGAAAGAUUGUUCCUGCCUUUUUGGCUUCAAAUCUGCUCCAUAUUCCUCCUCUUGGGAAUUUCAGGCAUCUUAAGUGGCCUCAACCUGGGCCUGAUGUCGCUGGAUCCCAUGGAGCUGCGUAUCGUGCAAAACUGUGGCACAACCAAAGAGAGGAAAUAUGCCACCAAGAUUGAGCCUAUCCGCAGGAAGGGCAACUACUUGCUGUGUUCUCUGCUGAUCACCAAUGUUUUAGUCAACAGCUCCCUCACCAUGCUGUUUGACACCCUUGUUGGCAAAAACAUCCUGGCCAUACUAGCCUCUACUUUUGGCAUUGUCCUUGUUGGGGAGAUUAUUCCGCAGGCCAUCUGUUCUCGUCAUGGCUUGGCUGUGGGUGCUGGCACCAUCCAGAUCACCAGGUUCGUCAUGAUUGUGACUUUUCCACUCUCCUACCCUAUUAGCAAGUUGCUGGACUAUUUCCUUGGCCAAGAAAUGGGCACCAUCUACAACCGAGAAAAGCUCAUGGAAAUGCUGAAGCUGACAGAGCCGUACAAUGACCUGAUGAAGGAGGAGUUGAACAUUAUCCAAGGGGCAUUAGAGCUGAGGAAUAAAACAGUGGAGCAUGUCAUGACUCCAUUACAGGACUGCUUCUUGAUUAACAGCAAUGCCAUUCUGGAUUUCAACACAAUGACCGAGAUCAUGGAAAGCGGCUACACUCGCAUCCCCAUUUAUGAGAAGGAGCGGUCCAAUAUUAUAGAUAUGUUAUAUGUCAAGGAUCUGGCCUUUGUAGACCCAGAUAACUGCACCCCGCUCAAGACGAUCACCAAAUUUUAUAAUCACCCAGUCCAUUAUGUUGACCACAAUACCAAACUGGGUGAAGUGCUUGAAGAAUUCAAAAAAGGUAAAUCUCACCUGGCCAUUGUCCAGGAGCAGAUGGAGGGUGACGAUUCCAUUCAUAAUGUCAUGGGUGUGGUGACCCUGGAAGACGUCAUCGAAGAAAUAAUCAAUUCAGAGAUACUGGAUGAAUCCGAUACCUACACUGACAAUCGCACCAAAAAACGAGUCACCUUCUCAAGAAAAUGGGAUUUCUCUGCCUUUAGGGACAGCGACAGCGACAUCAAACCAAAGAUCAGCCCUCAGCUCCUAUUGGCUGCACUCCGCUUUCUUUCCACAGAGGUGAUACAAUUCUCCCCAACAAUAAUCUCAGAGAAGUACCUGCUCCGCCUCCUGAAGCACAAUGAUGUCAUCUGUGAGCUGAAGUUCAAUGAAGAAAAGUCUCGCCAUAACUAUUUGUACCAAAAGAAUAAGCCAGUUGAUUACUUCAUUCUCAUUUUGCAGGGAAAGGUGGAGGUAGAAGCUUGCAAAGAAAACAUGAAGUUUGAGAAUGGGCCCUUCUCUUACUUUGGGGUGAUGGCCCUGACAUCUGUUGUGACAGAAAGCAGCUUCUUGGGUCGCCUGAGCAAUAUCAGUCGCCAGAGCAAUAUCAGCCGCUUGACUUCGGGUAGCCACUAUGAAUAUCACGAUCACAUCAUACCUGCCUUCCCCAGUAUUAUAAGCACCAACCAAGUCAUCCCCAGCACCAGCAACUUCCAGUACGUGCCAGACUUCAGUGUCUGUGCCCUCACCGAUCUACUCUAUGUCAAGAUCACUCGAGAUCAAUACCAGAAUUGUGUGAUGGCCUCAUUUGUGGAAACCAACAGCUCAACGGAAAGCCAAGACCAAGUUGAGACCAUCUCUAACCCUCUCUAAACUCAGUCCCUUUGGUGGCCUGUCUUCGCCUGUCCCAGGCUCACCCAGCUCUUCUCCCAGGCAAGGAUGAAGAAGGUUAAUCUUUGUCAAAGUGAGAAUUGUGCUGUGUCAUUUGAACGGAUCAUGUGGCCCUGAUUCCAAAGCACAUGUCUGCUUAUCCUAGUAAUGUGAGCAUUAACAGUUGUUACUUUGCUGUCCUUUAUUUCCUUGAGAUGAUCAAUGGUGAGUGCCAUGAUGAGAAAUACAAGACUAAGACAGUUUGUUCUGCCUCCUCUUCAUCUCCAUCUCCACUACAUUAUCUCUUUGGGUCUUUCCAGACAGCAAUCAAUUGCAGGAUGUUCAAAGCUUUCAUGAAAGUUCCAAGCACAAUCUUACUCUCCUCACACAUGUAGCAGCAAGCUUCUGUGCAACUUCCUAGGACAAUCCUAUCCUCUGUAAAUAUGCCAAACAGGGACCUUGCACAAUUUUUGCAGCUCCACCUGCUGGCCAGCUCCUGCAUUCCGAGAAGAACCCACCCUUUUAGUUAUUACUUUUGUGGUGAUGUGUAGAGAUGUGCAAUUCGAUUCAACCUUGAAUCGAUUUGGGUUGAAUUGGGGGUGAUUUGUUGAUUCAGCCACAAAUUGAAUCACCCUCAAAAUAAAGGGCCCAAUUCAGGAUAUAAGAGAAUCACCCCCAAUUUAACUCAAAUCAGUUUGGGUGAUUUGAGUGCCAUUUUGUGGGUGGUUUUGCUGGGAGAGCUAGAAAAAUGGGCCUCAAAGUGGCACCUUUUCUCAGGGAGAGCUGUUCUUCCAAUUGGGGUAGACCAGCCAUCUGCUCCGGACCUAGUGUAUCAGUCCACCUCAGAAGACUGGUCUAGCUGGUAGACCAGUCCUCCAAGGCAGGCAGACAUGCCAAGUCUGGAGCGGAGGGCUGGUCUACCCGCCGAUCCCAACUGGUAGACCAGCUCUCCCCAGAAAAACAAUGUCAUUUUGAGGCCCCUCCCUUUUUUUUAACAGGGAAAACUUGUCUACCAAUUGGAGUCAGCAGGUAGACCAGCCCUCCACUCUGGACUUAGAUCAUUUGCCCACCUCAGUCUACAUGGUAAGUUUCAUUUUUCAACAAAUCAGUUUGGUGAUUCUACAGUUUGAACUAGAAUCAAACUGCAGAAUCUGAUUCAUGCUCAACUCUAGUGAGGUAUUCUUCUUGGAAUGUAAGAGCUUUCCAGUGGGUGACACAGCAAAAAUCACACACAGUGCCAGCUUGCCAUGUAUAGAAAAUAAGCUUGAAUUAGGAAGUAGCAUGGAAGCAUGCUGCAGCAUGUGUACAGGGUAUACUAUCACACUUGGAACUUUGACAAAAGCUUUGAAUAUCCUGCAUUAUUGCUAUCUAGAAAGACCCUUUGUUGUUAUUGGUUCAGGGCACAGUCAAGCAGAAAGUUCUCCUGCUCCACUAAAAUGAAUGGGAGCUAAAAGCCCAAUGGGCAUUCAUUUACUGCACAAGCAGACCUGCUCUUUUCAUUGGAGCUCACACAGGAGAACUUUCCACUAGAUUGCACCCACAGGAGAGAGUAAAAAUAUCCACCUGCUGUUUUAAAAUGUUACAGAUAUUAUUUAUGAUUCUUAAGUAUGUCCCCCAGAUUUCAUGUGCUUUUUCUUUCUUUUUUUAAAAAACAAAUUCAGUACAAAAUUAGAGAAAAAUAAUUGAAGGCAAAAUUAAAUAUUUCUAAUGAAUGCUCUAUACAUUACUUUUAGAAGCAAUUGAGCUUAAUUAUUUAUAUUAUGCCUCUUAACUUCUUUUUUGUAUAAUAUAUCCAUACAUAUUAAUUCACUCCACCAUUUUGCCAGUUUGAUGGAAAUGCUGAUGGGUGUGCAUGUUCCUUUUCAAGUCUGGUAUUUCCUGUUCUUGUAAAGUUAUGAUAUUUGCUCAGUAUAAUAUGGAAAGUAUAAGUUUGAGUUGGAUAAUAAAAACAAGUUUCACUUACAGUA